GCCACUAAACAAACCCGAAGCUACCCGGGCUUUGCCGCUGAGGAGCCUUUAGAUGUUCCCGGAACGGCCGGGCAGGGAGGUUGAGCUCUGUGGGAGCACAAAGACAGAAAAAGAAUGCCUGUUGUGUGGCCAACCCUUCUGGAUCUCAGCAGGGAUGAAUGCAAGAGGAUUCUUCGCAAACUGGAACUGGAGGCAUAUGCUGGAGUUAUCAGUGCCUUGCGUGCACAGGGGGACCUUACCAAGGAUAAGAAAGACCUUCUUGGAGAACUCUCCAAAGUGCUUAGCAUUUCAACUGAGCGCCAUCGUGCUGAAGUUCGGAGAGCCGUAAAUGAUGAACGGCUAACAACUAUUGCGCAUAAUAUGUCCGGACCGAACAGCUCUUCAGAAUGGUCUAUAGAAGGUCGUCGACUGGUGCCGCUGAUGCCACGGCUGGUUCCACAAACAGCCUUUACUGUAACAGCUAAUGCUGUUGCCAAUGCAGCUAUUCAGCACAAUUCAUCUCUUCCCGUUCCUGCAGAAACUGGGAACAAAGAAGUGGUGGUUUGCUAUUCCUACACAAGUACCACUUCAACCCCAACAUCUACCCCUGUUCCAAGUGGCAGCGUAGCAACAGUGAAGUCCCCCAGACCUGCCAGUCCAGCCUCCAAUGUAGUCGUCUUGCCAAGUGGAAGUACUGUUUACGUCAAAAGUGUCAGCUGCUCAGAUGAUGAUGAAAAGCCCCGUAAAAGGCGACGAACUAACUCUUCUAGUUCCUCCCCUGUUCUUCUGAAAGAAGUCCCGAAGGCUGUCACUCCUGUCACUAAAACUAUCACGGUGCCUGUAAGUGGCAGCCCCAAGAUGAGUAAUAUCAUGCAGAGCAUUGCCAACUCCUUACCGCCACACAUGUCUCCUGUGAAAAUAACGUUCACUAAACCCUCAACACAGACGACAAACACAACAACACAGAAGGUGAUCAUAGUAACCACCUCUCCAAGUUCAACAUUUGUACCCAACAUUCUCUCCAAGUCUCACAACUACGCAGCAGUCACUAAACUUGUUCCAACAUCUGUCAUUGCCUCAACUACUCAGAAGCAACCAGUGGUUAUAACAGCUUCUCAGUCCUCUUUGGUCAGUAGCGGCAGCAACUGUUCCACUCCAAAUACCAUUGCUGUGACUGCUGUGGUGUCAUCAACACCAUCAGUGGUUAUGUCAACGGUAGCACAAGGUGUGUCCACGUCGGCGAUUAAAGUUGCAUCCACCAGACUACCUUCCCCAAAAAGCUUGGUGGGGACCCCAACCCAGAUUCUAACACAGUUUCCCAAACAGCAUCAGCAGACCCCAAAACAGCAGCUGCAUCAAAUACAACAGACCCAGCAGCAGCUGUCACAGUCUUCUCCUGUAGCACAUCAGCAGCAAUCACAACAGUGUCAGUUGCCACCUGGCAUCAAGCCCACCAUUCAGAUCAAACAAGAAUCAGGUGUUAAAAUAAUCACUCAACAGGUGCAGCCCAGUAAAAUCCUACCCAAACCAGUUACAGCGACUUUGCCCAGCAGUAGCAAUUCACCUAUUAUGGUGGUUAGCAGUAAUGGGACUAUCAUGACAACUAAACUGGUCACUACUCCCACUGGGACACAAGCAACAUAUACUCGUCCAACGGUAAGCCCCUCUAUUGGGGCUCGGAUGGCUGGAACUCCAGGCGCUGCCACUUAUGUGAAAACAACCAGUGGCAGCAUCAUUACUGUAGUGCCGAAAUCGCUGGCUACACUGGGAGGCAAGAUUAUAAGCAGUAAUAUUGUUUCUGGAACUACAACCAAAAUUACUACAAUCCCAAUGACAUCCAAGCCCAAUGUGAUUGUUGUGCAAAAGACUACUGGAAAAGGAACAACUAUUCAAGGACUUCCAGGCAAAAAUGUUGUUACAACAUUGUUAAAUGCUGGGGGGGAGAAAACUAUUCAAGCAGUGCCAGCAGGAGCAAAACCUGCCAUCAUCACUGCAACCAGGCCCAUCACAAAAAUGAUUGUCACACAGCCGAAAGGAAUAGGAUCUACUGUCCAGCCAGCCACCAAAAUCAUCCCAACCAAAAUUGUUUAUGGGCAGCAAGGGAAAACACAGGUUCUCAUAAAACCAAAGCCAGUGACAUUUCAAGCUACGGUUGUGAGUGAGCAGACAAGGCAGUUGGUAACUGAAACAUUGCAGCAGGCAUCCAGGGUGGCAGAGGCAGGAAACGCCUCUCUCCCAGAAGUGAAAGAAGAACCACAGAGCUACACUGAUAGCAGCUCCUCUUCUACAGAGUCCUCCCAGAGCUCCCAGGAUUCCCAGCCUGUCGUUCACGUGAUUGCGUCUAGAAGUCAGGACUGGUCAGAACAUGAAAUUGCUGUGGACACCAGCCCCACAAUAAUUUAUCAAGAUGUAUCCAAUGAAUCGCAAUCAGCUACUUCUACAAUAAAAGCACUGCUGGAACUUCAGCAGACAACAGUGAAGGAGAAGUUAGAAUCAAAACCAAGACAACCUACCAUUGACCUGAGCCAAAUGGCAGUUCCUAUUCAGAUGACUCAGGAGAAGAGGCAUUCUCCAGAAAGCCCUUCCAUUGCUGUGGUAGAAUCAGAAUUAGUUGCUGAAUAUAUCACAACUGCUACUACAGUUAGUUCUGGGGAAGUGCCAUUGACCUCUUUACUUUCAGUCAGUCAUCGGUCUCAGCCCCACCAGCAGUCAUCCCAGCCCCAGAGGACUCUGCUGCAGCAUGUGGCUCAGUCGCAGACAGCAACACAGACUUCUGUUGUGGUGAAAUCUAUCCCUGCAUCUUCCACAGGCGCAAUUACCCAUAUCAUGCAGCAGGCUUUAAGCAGCCACACUGCAUUUACCAAACACAGUGAACAACUUGGAACUGAGGAAGGAGAAGUGGAAGAGAUGGAUACCCUAGAUCCUCAGACUGGUCUAUUUUACAGAUCUGCCCUGACGCAGUCACAGGCACAAAAACAGCAGAAACUGAGUCAACCACAGCUGGAACAGACUCAACUGCAAGUGAAAACGCUGCAGUGCUUCCAGACUAAACAAAAGCAAACCAUCCACCUGCAGGCUGAUCAGAUCCAGCACAAACUCCCACAAAUGCCCCAGCUUUCUAUCCGGCAUCAAAAGCUAACCCCACUUCAGCAAGAGCAAGCACAGACCAAACCAGAUGCACAGCACACCCCACACCACAUGAUGGCCAAAGAAAGGCAACUCCCUACCUUAGUGGCACAGCCACAGCAAACUGUAGUACAGGUGCUUGCAGUAAAAACCACGCAGCAGCUGCCCAAACUGCAACAGGCACCAACGGCACAAAAAAUCUACAUGCAACCCCAACCCCCCCAGAGUCAGUUGCAGCUACCUGCCUCUUCAGAGAAACAGCCCGCAAGCCAGGUGCAGCAGCCAAUUAUAACUCAAGGAUCCACUGUUACAAAGAUAACUUUUGAGGGGCGACAGCCUCCUACUGUUUCAAAGGUAGCAGGCGGCAAUUCUGUGCCCAAACUGGCAUCGCCAGUUACAAGCCUAUUACCCAUGCAGGCAUCUGUGAAGACAGCAGUAGCAGACAUUUUGAAAAUGUCUAUGAUGGAAGCUCAGAUUGACACAAACAUAGAACAUAUGGUAGUGGAUCCCCCAAACAAGGCCAUGUCCACUAGUAAACUCGCUAGUGAAGCAGAAUCAUCACCUCGGAUCCAGGUGCCAAGGGUGACUGCAGUAGGGAUGACGGCAACUUCCAUCUCUCAGCAACUGAAAUGCAAAGAGUCCUGUUCAAGUCCUCCUGCUGCUGAUCCUGCUUUAACAGAGAAGAAAGUGGAUGCACAAGGAGUGCCUUCAACAAACCAGUUUAUACACAUUCAGAAUAUAUCCCAAAAGAAAGCUGAAGAGAUUGCAUCUGAAAUUAUUAUCCAGACUAUCCCUCAAUACUCCAUCCCUUGUCACUCCAGCUCCAAUGUGGUAGUGGAACCCAGUGGGCUCCUGGAGCUCAAUAACUUUACUAGUCAACGUCUUGAUGAUGAGGAGACAGCAAUGGAACAAGAUGUGGACAGCAGUACUGAGGAAGGCACUGAGCCCAGCCCCUCUCAAAGUUCUGCUGAACAAUCCUAAUGAAUUGGGACACUGGAGUGCACUUUAAAUUCAUCUUGGCAAUUGAGUGUCCAAGAUGCCGUUGUAUUGUGAUGUAUUAGAGCACUUUGCCUAUUAGAGUUGUUCAUUGGACCCUUGAAGCAUCAGUGUGUUUUAACAAGACAGUAUUGCAGAAACGACAUCUUAAAAUUGUUUCAAAAAAGAUGGUUACCAAGAUACAGUAAACCUGUGACAGUGGAAUGUA